UAUAACUGACCCGUGAUUACAACUCAAGUGUGUGAAUCAUGUCGGAACGGUGUAGCAACGGAUGCGUUCUUGCUUUCUGGAAAACAUGAAGGGCACGAUGGCAGAAACGAGAAAGAAAUGAUACAAUGAUUCUUACCUAUCAUCAUCAUCGUCAUCACCAUCACCAUCAUCAUCCGGUUCUGCGCUCUUUCUCGAGGAGCUUCUUCCGUUCAUGACACUGUUUCUUAGUUAAAUAUGUGAAAUUCUGAUCAGGAACAAGUCAUCUAGAUUCUAGAUCCAGAAUCGAACAUGUUAACGUUCUCUAGGACGUGGAGUAUACGGGUGAGAAUUUUUCACGUACAAGAUUUGCUCUUGCUUUUGUAAAUAACACCAAAACGCAGCGUUUUUCUCUUCGUCAGUCGUCUAUCGUAUCGUCUCCGCCAAUCAACGGCGCCAAAGAUCGAAUGACAGAGUUCCGAGUCUGACAACCCAAUCAUCUCAGUCGCCUAAACUACACCCGGUGCUUGUCUUUGCAAGCUAGUGCUGGCGGAGUCCAUGUUUCUUUGGCUUGUUUCUCUACAUGGGUCCUCCUCAUUUCUUUUCCUAAGAGGCAUUCCUCGAAAGCUCAACGCUCAUAAUGCCGUACAUAGAUUUUGUGAGAUUAGAAGAAGGGUAAGAAUUUCUGGUUUCGGCACUAGUUCUGCUGCUGUAUCUACUUGUUUCUUUGAAAACGAAUCCUUCCGCGAUCAAGAAGCUGUUAAAAUGGGGAUUGAUUCCGUAUGUUUGUCGGAGAACCGCGGCAUUCGCCCGAAUCAUGAAACAUUUCUGUGGCUUCUUGAGGGGCGCUUGAAGAACGACGGGUCUUUGAAUGAGGGGAAGAAACUCCAGGGGAAGAUUCUGAAGUUGGGUUUUGACACUCAUCCGCUCAUGUGUGACAAGCUUCUUGAUUUUUAUUUAUUCACGGGAGACAUGAAUGGUGCGUUGAAGGUGUUUGAUGAAAUGACCAGUAGAACAGUUUUCACGUGGAAUAGGAUGAUCUUGGAGUUUGCUUCGAGAAAGUUGAAUAGGAAAGUCAUAGAUUUGGUUUGGAGAAUGGUAAGCGAAAAUGUCAACAUGAACGGAGGCACCUUUUCGAGUAUUUUGAAAGCCUGCGGCAGUGGCAGUGAUGCUUUUGAUGUAAUUAAGCAGAUUCAUGCUAGGAUUAUAUGUCAGGGUUUCGGUAAUAGUACUACUGUAUGUAACCCUCUGAUCGAUCUUUACUCAAAAAAUGGAUUUGUAGGUUUGGCUAGAAGGAUUUUUGAUAAAUUACACUUCAAGGAUUACAGUUCCUGGGUUGCGAUGAUAUCUGGUCUAUCUCAGAAUGAGUGUGAAGCUGAAGCCAUUGGUUUGUUCCGUGAAAUGCAUAUAUUGGGUGUUAUCCCGACUCCUUAUGCAUUUUCGAGUGUUUUGAGUGCUUGCGCAAAGCUAGCACUGCUUGAGGUUGGGGAGCAGAUUCAAGGUCUCGUGUUGAAGUUAGGGUUUUCAUCCGAAACAUAUGUGUGCAAUGCUCUUGUGACCUUAUAUUCUCGUCUAGGGAAGCUGAUAUUGGCUGAAAAUAUUUUCAGCAACAUGACGCAGAGGGAUGCGGUUACUUAUAACUCUCUGAUAUCCGGGCUAGCUAAAUGUGGUUAUGGUGAUAAAGCUAUGGGAUUGUUCGAGAAAAUGCAGUUUGAUGGACAGAGACCAGAUUGUAUCACUGUUGCCAGCUUGGUGAGUGCUUGCUCCUCUUUGGGAGCUCUUGUUAAGGGACAACAGCUUCAUGCGUACAUAACCAAGUUGGGAUUCUCUUCUGACAUCAUCAUUGAAGGUGCACUUCUUGAUCUAUACGUCAAAUGCUCUGAAAUUGAAACUUCCCUCAACUUCUUUCUUGAGACUGAGACCGAAAAUGUAGUUCUGUGGAAUGUUAUGCUAGUUGCUUAUGGCCAACUAGAUGAUUUAACAAAUUCUUUUAGGAUUUUUAGAAAGAUGCAAAUGGAGGGAAUCAUUCCAAAUCAAUUUACGUACCCGAGCGUGUUAAAAACUUGCACCAGACUGGGGGCGCUUGAUCUCGGGGAACAGAUCCACAGUCUAGUAGUAAAAACUGGUUUUCAGCUUAAUGCUUAUGUCUGUAGCGUGCUCAUUGAUAUGUACUCGAAGUUAGGAGAGUUUGAUAUUGCCAGGGAUAUCCUUGUGAGCUUUGCUGGGGAAGAUGUUGUAUCGUGGACAGCAAUGAUCGCGGGUUACAAACAAUAUAAUUUUUUUGAUAAAGCUUUAGCGGUUUUCAGGGAAAUGCUAGACCAUGGAAUUCACUCUGAUAACAUUGGAUUAGCAAGUGCAGUAAGUGCAUGUGCUGGUCUUCUAUCACGAAGAAUCGGGCAGCAAAUCCAUGCUCAAUCUUAUGUGUCUGGUUACUCAGCUGAUGAUUCAAUUCAAAAUGCACUGGUUACGCUUUAUUCUCGGUGCGGAAAACUACAGGAGGCAUACUUAGCUUUUGAUAGAAGUGAAUCUGGAGAUAACAUAUCAUGGAAUGCUCUGGUGUCUGGAUUUGCACAGAGCGGACACUGUGAAGAAGCACUUCGUGUCUUUACCCGGAUGAACAGGGAAGGAAUUGUUUGUAAUAUGUUCACAUUCGGGUCUGCUGUCAGUGCUGCUGCUGACACCGCAAACAUGAAACAAGGGAAGCAGAUCCAUGCUGCAAUCUUAAAAACAGGAUAUGACUCAGAAACUGAAGUGUGUAACGCUUUGAUCUCUAUGUACGCUCAGUGUGGAAGCAUUUAUGAUGCAAAAAGGCAGUUCUUUGAAGUUUUUGAUAAGAAUGAAGUUUCUUGGAACGCCAUGAUCAGCGGUUAUUCUCAACACGGGUUUGGUACUGAAGCACUAGAUCUUUUCCAAAGAAUGAGGAACUCUGAUAUAAGGCCAACUCAUGUUACCUUUGUGGGAGUUCUAUCGGCAUGUAGCCACAUAGGUUCGGUGGACAAUGGCCUUGAGUACUUUGAAUCCAUGACAAAAGAAUAUGGAUUAGUUCCUAAACCAGAACACUAUGUCUGUGUAGUGGAUAUUCUAAGCCGAGCAGGUCUUUUGAACCGUGCGAAAGAGUUUAUUCAGGAAAUGCCGAUUGAGCCAGAUGGGUUAAUCUGGAGGACACUUCUAAGUGCUUCGGUGGUGCACAAGAACGUGGAAAUAGGAGAAUUGGCUGCUCGCCAUCUGCUAGAACUAGAACCUGAAGAUUCAGCAACUUAUGUACUUCUUUCAAACGUAUAUGCAGUUUGCAGGAAGUGGGAUGCUAGGGAUCGGACUAGACAAAUGAUGAAAGAAAAUGGUGUGAAGAAAGAACCGGGUCGAAGUUGGAUUGAGGUUAAAAACUCAAUUCACUCAUUUUUUGUCGGUGACCGACAUCACCCCUUGGCAAACAAGAUAUACAAAUAUCUUGGAGAUCUUAACAAGCGUGCAUCUGGAAUGGGUUACGUGCAAGAUCGUCUCAGCCUUCUGAAUGAAGUGGAUCAAGAAAAGAAAGACCCGACACUUUUCGUUCACAGUGAGAAACUAGCGGUUUCUUUUGGACUCUUGAGCUUGCCUACAACAAUGCCUAUACGUGUGAUGAAGAAUCUACGUGUCUGUAACGAUUGCCAUAUUUGGAUCAAGUGCAUCUCCAAGAUAACAAAUCGAGCCAUCAUAGUGAGGGAUGCCUACAGGUUUCAUCAUUUUGAAGGGGGCUCUUGUUCAUGUAGAGAUUACUGGUAAACUACAUCCUUGCAGA